CAGUUGCGGCACGCUAUCAACGACGUGGAAAGCUGUCGACGCCCAGCUGCAGUCUGGGCCAACCCCUUCCCGAAGACCAGAUACCUAAACAUCAACCCCCAACGAAACCGCUCUUUGCCACGCACUCGUGUACAGAAUGGCGGACUACGAGGCCCUCAAGGACAGCUGGUCCGAGGUCGAAGACCGCGAUGGCGUCCGCCUUAGCUGGAACGUCUGGCCCUCCUCGCGCAUGGAAGCUUCACGGCUCGUCGCUCCCAUCGGCGCCCUCUACACACCUCUCAAGGAGAAACCCGAUACCCCUCUCCUCCAGUUCGAGCCCGUAACCUGCCGGCAGCCAUGCAGAUCCGUGUUGAACCCGUUUUGCCAAGUCGACGUGCGCGCGCGCCUCUGGAUAUGUCCUUUCUGCCUGUCGAGAAACCCUCUCCCGCCUCAUUACAAGGAUAUCACCGCCAACGCCAUUCCUCCCGAGCUUCACCCUUCUAAUACCACAAUCGAGUACCGACUCUCAAGACCGGCACCCAGCCCUCCGAUCUUCCUCUACGUUGUCGAUGCGUGCCAGGAGGAUGACAGUCUUGCGGCUCUCAAGGAGUCGCUCAUCAUGAGCUUGAGCUUGCUCCCAGAGAAUGCGCUCGUUGGUCUGAUCACAUACGGCACAAUGGCCCAAGUCCACGAGAUUGGCUACACCGAGUGCGCCAAGUCCUACGUUUUCCGCGGCAACAAGGACUAUUCAGCGAAGCAGGUCCAGGAGAUGCUUGGACUUGUGAACCCCGCCAUGCGUCCCGGCAUGCCUCAACAACCCCAGCAGCAAGGCCGCCCCAUUAUGCCAAUGGGCCCAGCGACAAGAUUCCUUCUGCCCGUGCAGCAGUGCGAGUUCCAACUCACCAAAGUCUUGGAGCAGCUUCAGAAGGACCCCUGGCCUGUUGCCAGCGACAAGCGCAGCUUGCGCUGCACUGGUGUCGCUCUCGGCGUUGCCGUCGGCCUUCUUGAGACAUCAUUCCAGAACGCUGGUGGUCGUAUCAUGCUUUUCGCUGGAGGCGCGGCUACCGAAGGCCCUGGCAUGGUGGUUGGACCGGAGCUCAGGGAGCCCAUUCGUUCUCACCACGAUAUUGACCGUGAUAAUAUCAAGUACUACAAGAAGGCUCUCAAGUUCUACGACACACUCGCGAAGAGGACAGCACACAACGGCCACAUAAUAGACAUCUUUGCCGGUUGUCUUGACCAGGUCGGCUUGCUGGAGAUGAAGGGUCUUUGCAACUCUACAGGAGGACACAUGAUCCUGACAGACAGUUUCACGUCAUCCAUGUUCAAGCAGUCCUUUAUUCGCGUCUUUGAAAAGGACGGAGACGACAACCUCCUGAUGGGUUUCAAUGCGGUGCUAGAGGUCCUCACCACUAAGGAGCUCAAGGUUACCGGUCUCAUCGGUCAUGCUGUAUCGUUGAACAAAAAGUCAACUUCGGUCGGCGAGACAGAAUGCGGUAUUGGCAACACUUGCUCGUGGAAGAUGUGCGGUAUCGACCCGAGCGCCAGUUACGGCGUCUACUUUGAAAUGGCUGGGCAGGGCAAUGCUCCGGCGCAUCCUCAAGGGGCGGCGAAGGGCAUGAUCCAGUUCCUCACCUAUUACCAGCACUCCUCUGGCCAAUUCCACCUGAGAGUGACGACAAUUGCGAGAAACCUCAGCGGCCCCACUGGCGACCCAGCGAUUGCCCAAUCCUUUGAUCAGGAGGCAGCUGCCGUCCUCAUGUCCAGAAUUGCAGUGUUCAAGGCUGAAGUGGAUGACGGACCCGACGUCCUCAGAUGGGUCGACCGCAUGCUGAUCAGGUUGUGCUCACGAUUUGCCGACUACCGAAAGGAUGACCCGACGUCAUUUAGGCUCGAGAAGAACUUCACCCUAUACCCACAGUUCAUGUUCCACUUGCGCCGAAGCCAGUUCCUGCAGGUCUUCAACAACUCUCCCGACGAGACGGCCUUCUACCGCCACGUCCUGAACCACGAGGAUGUCAGCAACUCGCUGGUCAUGAUCCAGCCAACGCUUGACUCGUACACCUUCGACCAGGAUGGCGGCCAGCCUGUCCUCCUGGAUUCUACCUCCAUCCAGCCAACUCACAUCUUGCUUCUGGACACGUUCUUCCACAUCCUCAUCUUCCACGGCGAGACUGUCGCCGAGUGGCGCAAGGCUGGCUACCAGGACCAAGAGGGUUAUGAGAACUUUGCUGCCCUCCUCGAACAGCCGAAGGAGGAUGCAAGGGAUCUGAUUGGCGACCGCUUCCCCCUGCCUCGCUUCAUCGUUUGCGAUGCCGGUGGCUCGCAGGCUCGUUUCCUGCUGUCCAAGCUCAACCCUUCGACCACGCAUACGACUGGGGCGUACGGAGGUCUCGGUGCCCAGACCGCCCAGACAAUCUUCACUGAUGACGUGUCGCUACAGACCUUCAUGGAGCACCUCAUGAAGCUUGCGGUCAGCGGCACAAACUAAUGACUGAAAUUGGGAGAGCGUGGCGCCUGGAACAUUGCAAAAUGCCUCGUAGCGAACAUAUACAGCGAAUGACACGCCCUCAUGAAUCGUCUAAGGUCGACUACCUUGUGCUAGUGUGGCUGUUGGUGCAAUUUCUGAUGACGAUGUUAGACAUUGAUGGAUCAUUGAGGUGAAUAUAGCAGCGUGGCGCAGAUGAGGCCACAUGUCCAGUAUUCAAGUUGCGGCGCCCUGGUAUCAUAUGUGCAUCCUCUGCCAGCACUUCGCUCUCGUCAAGAACCACACGCUCGUUGCAAG